GCCCUUUGACUGGCCUCUCCCUUUUCUCUGAGCGAUGGCCUAACCCAGAUCUCCACGGAAGGCUUGACGCACCUCUGACCGCUCUCCAGUCCAGUGGGGUCCAGCCUCAGCUCUGCCUUCCGACAACCCUCUACCCGCAUUCCCCCCCACCCCCACCGCCAUCCCCCAUCCAAGGGCACACUCAAGGGCGCCGGAUAACUAGAUCUGCGGUGGGAGGGUCAACUUUCUUGGGUAUUUCUCUAUCCACGUAGUUUCUACUUCCCUCUUGUUUUUUGUUUUUGUUUUUUUCAUUUUUUUUUAAAACAACCAUUCCUCAUUUUUAAAGUUCUUUAAUUACACUUUCUCCACCCUCUUUUUUAGCAGCUUUUCUCCCCCCACCCAAAACCCCAACACCCACCCCAAACACAAAUCUUUUGAUUUGCUAUAUCCAACCAAGGAAGAUAGCUACCAUUCCCUUUUUGGCUUCUAGGGUAUUGUAGGUGGAUGCAAUAUAUAUUUUAUUCACUGGAAAAUGAAAUUUUUAUACCUUUUUAGUGACUCUAAAGUGAGUGAAGUAGGAUAAAUUCCUCGACUCAGGAGAAAGCAGAGGCAAGAAAUUGACUUAACGAUGUUUAAGAAUAAUGUUACUGACCAUAAGCUAAAUGUGGAAGCCAUAAUUAAAAACAUUAACACAAUUUCUUUGGAGUUGAAGAAGAUGAAAGAGCUCUCCCAGUUGCUGCUUUGUGACCUUACUCUACAUUUUAGUCAUCCUGUGAAGACAGAUGACUUACAGGAACCAGAAGAGAAAAUCCCCCUCUUUGAAGAGUCUAAAAUAUCAGAUGUUUCCUUUGCUUCUAAGAGCUUUUCUAUCUGAUUUCUUUUGGUUUGUUGUGAAUUUGUAACUGUAUUUAUUGUGGAAUUACCAUGUGUCUGGGAGAACUGAGUCUACUAAGAUAUUUAAUAUUAUAAAAAAACAAAAUAAAAAUAUGAGUUGUAAAUAAUCAUUUAAUAUUCUUGAAAGCUGUCUUACUGUUUUAAUGUUUCAAAGAAUGGCUAAUUCAUUUCACUAGUGGCAAGAAUAGUAUAUAGGAAAUUGGCCAUCGGGCGUUGCUUAUCCUUUACUUUUCUUGAAUUUUGGCUCAGAUGAAAAGAGAGUUAACCAAAUUGGAAGUGGUUGGUAUAAAUUUGUAUUAAUCCAAUCUCUCCUGGUAACAAGUGCCAAAAACAACUCAAGCUAGCUUAAGGGUUUAUUGGUUCAUGUGACUUGGAAGUAGUUAAAAUAGAUGUCAGGGACCCUACUAAUUUAUAAUGUCUCUAACCUGGUUCUAUUUCUGUGUCGUCUUUAU